UUAAUUUUUUUCCUCUAGAUCGUUUGGUUCCUGAUUAUGGGAAGAAAGGAAAAAACGAAAAUAAUAUGAGUACCGACGCCCCUCCCACUGUCUCUCUCUUCAUCAGAAGGGAAUCCUUCUCAGAAUCAAGCAAGUAGCAGGUACCCUUCUAUCUCUAUCUCUCCAUCCGGCCCUCGUCGACAGACCGGAGAAGAAUCAGAGGCGUCCGGUUGUAAACGUAGUGGAGAGUUGGAACAUCGAAGCCCUAGAUUUGCACUUUUUCCCCUCUUGUAAGUGCUCACUAGGUUUCAUUGAUGACAGCAACUGUUAAUUGAAUUUAGAUUAGAAGAGGAAGGCAGUGGCAGAUUUAAGUCAGAUAUUUUUCUUUUCAUUUUUCUGCUGUAUCCAAACAAGAGAGUUUUUUCUCCCUUACUUUCCUCCCAUUUUCUAUCUGGAACCAAACAAGGGAAAGAACCCCAUUUUCUCCACCUUAAUUUUUUACCCUACCCAUUAUUCCAGCCCUCACACAGUUCUUUCUUUCUUUCUUAUCCUUCUUGGGACAAAAUUCUUGUUCUUCGACCUUCUACUGCUUUACACCAAUCGUCAUUGGUUCAUUAUCAAGAGUUGGGAGAAAAGAACUGGGGAAAAAAGGGAGCUUGAUUUCUUGCGAUCUUUUGUUGUAAUAUCCGAGUGAUUUUGUUGUUCGAGGACUUUUUUUUUUCCGUGAUAUGGGUUUUUGAUUUCUCCCCCCAAAAUUGGAAACCCAUUAAUGGAUUCCCAAUGGAUUCUUGGGAUUCAAGAAGGGGUGAAGAGAUUGGAUUGAUCUGGUGACAAGGAGGAGCUGAUUAUGGGUACUUUUCUUGGCGGCUUUGUGCUGCCCGUGCUGCUUUUGGCAGCUGCUUUGCUGAAUUGGAGUUUAAUCUCUCUAGUUGAUUUGCUAGCUUUUCUCCUCGUUCGGUUCACUGCUCCAAAAAGAGGUUUUCGUUUUCGAGGAAGAUAUCUCUUGUUGUGGUGUAUUUUCAUAUUUUCUCUACUUGUUAUAAUUGCACAAGUAGUAUUUCUUAUUUUAUGUGCUCUGGAGGAUGGGAAGUGGAGUAUAGCAGAUGCUUGGUUGGCAAAGCUAAUUGGACUGAUGAAGUUCGAUUCUUGGAGGUUUCCCGUAGUAAUUUAUUUCUUGGUCAUACAACUAUUAGUGGCUUUUGUUGCUUCUGUUGAAAUCCGUGGGGACAAUUUUGGUCUGAUCCCAUGUCAAGCUUCAUCUUGGGAACAUCUCUCAUCAUUUGCCGAACAAAUAGGUUCUCAUCUUAGGGUUGCUUCUUGCUUGCUGUCCCCUGCCAUUCAACUUGUCGUGGGAAUUAGCAACCCCUCUUGGGUUUCUCUGCCCUUUUUUGUUUGUAGCUGUGUUGGUCUUGUGGAUUGGUCUUUGACAAGCAAUUUUCUUGGCCUUUUCAGGUGGUGGAGGACCCUUUGGCUUUAUGCAGGCUUCAACAUUUGCCUGCUUUACGUGUAUCAGCUCCCUAUAAGUCUCCCAGAAAUAUCACAAUGGAUUGCUGAAUUUGUUGGUCUGUACAAAGUAUCUAAUAAAUCUGAGUGGCCGGAAAUUUGUUCUGGUCUUUCUCUGAUAGUGUUUUACUUUAUGCUAUCUUGCAUUAAGCAUGAUUUGGAGGAAAUGGAGUUUAUUAUGUCCAUUAGAGAAGGCAACUUGGCUGAGCAACUUCUUCCGUCAAGACAUUCUUUUUUCAUUCGUCAGUCAAGGUCUGGUGUGAGGCACACCAAUGUUUUGCUUAGGGGAUCAGUUUUUCGGACCUUUAGCAUCAAUUUUUUCACGUAUGGUUUCCCGGUCUCUUUGGUUGCUCUUUCCUUCUGGAGUUUCCAUUUUACAAGCAUUUGUGCAUUUGGAUUACUUGCAUAUGUCGGCUACGUUGUGUUUGCCUUCCCAUCCUUGUUUCGGUUGCACCGGUUAAAUGGGCUGCUGCUUGUUUUCAUUCUGUUGUGGGCUGUUAGCACAUAUAUCUUCAAUGUGGCAUUUGCAUUUCUGAACUGGAAAGUUGGGAAGAAUAUGGAGAUAUGGGAGCUGGUUGGGCUGUGGCAUUAUCCCAUUCCUGGAUUUUUCUUACUUGCACAGUUUUGUCUUGGAAUUCUGGUAGCUCUGGGUAAUCUUGUGAGCAACUCUGUUUUUCUCUACCUGUCUGAUGAGGAUGGACGAUCUUCAAACAACAACUGUGCUGUUGAAGUAAAGGAAGAGGCCAGGGUACUGAUUGUGGCCACAAUCGCUUGGGGUCUGCGCAAAUGCUGCCGAGCUAUUGAGCUGGUGCUGAUUUUCCUCAUUGCAAUGAAACCUGGAUUCAUCCAUGCUGUAUAUAUUAUAUUCUUUUUGGUAUACCUUUUGAGCCACAACAUCAGCAAGAAGAUACGCCAAUCCCUGGUUCUUCUUUGUGAAGCUCAUUUUGCAAUAUUGUACAUCCUUCAGCUUAAUCUUGUCUUGGAUUUCUUAGAGAGAGAAGGCUCUUUGAGCAUGGAAAUUAUUACUCAGUUAGGUCUCCUUGAACGUGAUAGUUCCUGGGACUUCUUGGAAAUGGCUUUGCUUGCAUGCUUAUGUGCAGUUCAUAACCAUGGUUCUGAAAUGCUAUUUUCAUUCUCAGCAAUAGUAGAGCAUGCCCCUUUCCUUCCGGUUGGAUUUGGCAUCCUGAAAGCUGGCCUGAAUAAAUCAGUUCUUUUGUCAGUUUAUGCCUCACCAGCAAUUAGAGACAGUCAUAGCGACAGUUCUUAUGAGAGAAAGAUAGCUUCAUAUCUCAGUGCUAUAGGGCAGAAAUUUUUGUCCGUUUAUAGGUCAUUUGGGACCUACAUUGCUUUUUUGACUAUCCUUGUUACGGUAUAUCUUGUGAGACCAAAUUAUGUAUCGUUUGGAUACAUUUUCCUUCUCCUAUUCUGGAUCACCGGAAGACAACUGGUUGAGAAGACAAAACGACGCCUAUGGUGUCCGCUGAAAGCAUAUGCAAUUGUGGUUUUUAUCUUCAUCUAUAUCUUGAGUAUAUUUCCCAGCUUUGAGAAGUGGCUGUCUGGGAAGAUUAAUCUUUCAGACUUGGGUUAUGAUACAGAAGCUUCAUUGUGGGAAAAUGUCUGGGAAUCUCUGGCAAUCAUGAUAGUGAUGCAACUUUAUAGUUAUGAGAGGAGGCAAAGCAGGUAUACUAGUAUGGAUUACCCUGAUCCACUGCAAUAUGGUGUAAUUGGGUUUAUCAAGCGACUUCUGAUUUGGCACAGUCAAAAGAUUUUGUUUGUUGCUUUAUUCUAUGCGGCUUUAUCUCCGAUUAGUGCAUUUGGGUUCAUUUAUCUUCUUGGCAUCGUUAUCUGUUCGAAUUUACCCAAAGUUUCUCGGUUUCCAUCCAAAUCAUUCUUGAUCUUCACUGGAUUUCUUGUGGUCACUGAAUAUCUGUUUCAGAUGUUUGGUAAACAGGCUAAGAUGUUUCCUGACCAGAAACACUAUUAUGUCUCCCUUCUUCUGGGUUUCCGGGUGUUUGAGCUUGGGUUUUGGGGUCUAGAAGCAGGCUUGAGGGGGAAAGUUCUGGUGAUUGCUGCAUGCACUCUUCAAUACAAUGUCUUCCAUUGGUUGGAGAAGGUCCCAAGUACUGUUCGAAAUUCCGAAACUUGGGAAGAACCUUGCCCCUUGUUCAUUGCCGAAGAAGAUACCUUGCCAGUAGUUUCCAUUUCUAAUGGGGAAGCAGGCAUCCUACCAGAUUCUAGUGCAUUAUCUGCAAACAGAAGGGGGGCGACUAGCAAUUCAUGGCCAUCUUUCAAUUCUGGUUCCUCUGACGCAGGUGUCUCCCAUGAUAGCAACACAAGGAAAUAUUCCUUUGGGAAUAUAUGGGGUAGCUCUAUGGAGAGCCACAAGUGGAAUAAGAAGCGGAUUCAUGCCUUGAAGAAGGAGAGAUUUGAAACACAGGUGGCUACCUUGAAAAUAUAUUUGAAGUAUUGGAUGGAGAAUACCUUCAACCUCUUUGGCCUGGAGAUAAACAUGAUUGCGUUGCUCCUUGCCAGUUUUGCUUUGUUGAAUGUUGCUUCUAUGGUGUAUAUUGCAUCACUAUUUGCUUGCAUUCUUUUGGACCGGCGUAUAAUACGUAAAUUCUGGCCGUUAUUCGUCUUCUUGUUUGCAUCCAUUCUUAUUCUUGAAUACUUUGCUCUCUGGAAGACUGUUGUGCAAUUGGAGCAGGAUUCCCCAAAUGAGCCUAAUGUGUGUUGCCAUGAUUGUUGGAAAAGCUCAAUCCUAUACUUCAAUUACUGCACAAACUGUUGGCUGGGACUUACUGUUGAUGAUCCUCGAGUGCUUAUUAGCUAUUUUGUAGUCUUCAUGCUUGCAUGUUUCAAACUUCGUGCUGAUCAUAUUUCUGGAUUCUCGCUGUCAUUUACAUACCGCCAAGUAAAGUCUCAACAGAAGAAUGCAUUUGUUUGGAGAGAUCUUUCUUUUGAGACAAAAAGCAUGUGGACUUCUCUCGACUACUUGAGGCUCUACUGUUACUGUCAUCUAUUGGAUCUUGUGCUUGCUCUGAUUUUGGUUACGGGGACCCUUGAGUAUGACAUUCUGCACCUUGGUUAUCUUGCUUUUGCUCUAGUUUUCUUCCGUAUAAGACUCCAAAUACUAAAGAAGAAGAACAACAUAUUCAAGUUCCUCCGAGUUUAUAACUUUGUUGUCAUUGUUCUUUCGCUUGCUUAUCAAUCUCCCUUUCUGGGGGGUUUCAAUGAUGAAAAAUGUGGCACGAUUGACUAUAUCUAUGAGGUGAUUGGAUUUUACAAAUAUGACUACGGUUUUAGGAUUACUUCCAGAUCUGCUAUUGUUGAGAUAAUUAUCUUUGUGCUUGUGUCAUUGCAAUCAUACAUGUUUGCUUCCCGGGAGUUUGAUUAUGUGUUCCGAUACCUGGAGGCAGAGCAAAUUGGUGCCAUUGUACGAGAACAAGAGAAGCAAGCUGCAUGGAAGAAGGCACAGUUACAGCAUAUUCGUGAAUCUGAGGAAAAGAAAUGCCAACGCAACUUACAAGUGGAAAAGAUGAAAUCUGAGAUGCUCAACCUUCAAAUCCAGCUUAAUGGCAUAAACUCCACUGCUACUUGGGGUGACACUUCUCCAAAUAGUGAAGGGCUAAGAAGGAGGGGCAGUAUUUCUCUUUAUUUUAGUAGAGAUGAACAGACCCGUGGAAAAAAGGAAGAUAUACUGACAAAAGAGGAGCUGAAUAAAGAUGCAGAUAUGGUAUUUCCAUUAGAACUGCAUGAAUCUCCCAAGAGUGUGAAAACAGAGAGUCCAGGGACAGUGGAGUCUAGAAACCAUUUAGUGGAAUCACCUCAUUGUGAAAUCAUUGAGCUUGAAGAGGAUACUGCUGAUAUUGGGUCAAUUAAUCCUGAAAUUGAAAUUAAGCGUAAAGGCCAUGCGAAGGACAAUCCUAUAAUUUCUGCAGUACAGCUCCUAGGUGAUGGUGUUUCCCAAGUUCAGUCUUACGGAAAUCAGGCGGUCACUAAUCUUGUGAGUUUUUUGAACAUUGCGGAGGAUGAAUCAGAUACAAAUGAACACUCUUUGGGAGAGGAUGGGGUACAUGAUGACAAAGGAAAUCAAGAAAGGAGGCAGUCAUUGGAUCGUUCUUCUUCUCUUCAGUCAGACAAGAGCAGAUCCAUGUCUGAUGCCGCAAGUCUGCAAAUUGGGAGGAUCUUCCAUCAUAUAUGGUCCCAAAUGCGCUCCAACAAUGAUGUAGUGUGUUAUUGUUCCUUUGUUCUUGUCUUCCUAUGGAAUUUCAGUUUGCUUUCAAUGGCAUAUCUUGCGGCUUUGUUCUUGUAUGCUUUAUGCGUAAAUACAGGUCCGAGUUACAUCUUCUGGGUUAUUAUGUUAAUCUACACAGAGUUGUAUAUCUUGCUUCAGUAUCUGUACCAAGUUAUCAUCCAACAUUGUGGGGCGGAAAUCCAGUCAAUCCUUCUUAAUGAGUUGGGCUUUCCUCGCAAUAAGAUCACAACAUCAUUUGUUAUCAACACGUUGCCUCUGUUUCUAGUGUACUUGUUUACACUCUUACAGAGCUCUAUAACUGCAAAAGAUGGUGAAUGGAUUUCCACAAUGGAAUAUGAUUUUGGUAGGAGGAGAGUUCACUUCCAGCAAGAGGCUCUUUUGGGUACUAACUGGAGUGAGAGGGCAUGGAAGCUGCUCGAACUGGUGGGAAAUUUGGCAAAAGUGAUAGUUAGUAGCUUCUCUGUCUACUGGAGAUCACUAACGCAAGGAGCAGAAUCUCCUCCUUACUUUGUCCAGUUGUCUUUGGAUGUCCAUCUAUGGCCAGAGGAUGGGAUUCAACCGGAGAGGAUUGAGUCUGCAGUAAAUCAAAUCCUUAGAAUUGUUCAUGACGAGAGAUGCAAAGAAAAAGAUCCUAAUGUUUGUCAUUCUUCUAGCAGGGUUCAUGUUCAAAGCAUUGAAAGAAGUACCGAAAGCUCAAAUGUCGCCUUGGCUGUGUUUGAGGUGGUUUAUGCAUCCCCAUUAGAAGAAUGUAAACCAGUUGAAUGGUAUAAGUCGCUAACUCCAGCAGCUGAUGUGGCAAAGGAGAUUCUUCAUGCACAACGUGCAGGUAUGGUUGAAGAAGUUGGUUUCCCAUAUCCUAUAGUCUCUGUAAUUGGAGGGGGUAAAAGAGAACUGGAUCUAUAUGCCUACAUAUUUGGGGCAGAUUUGGUUGUUUUCUUUCUGGUUGCCAUUUUCUACCAAUCCGUCAUAGAAAACAAAAGUGAAUUCCUUGAAGUUUACCAGCUUGAAGAUCAAUUUCCUAAGGAGUUUGUAUUUGUUUUGAUGGUUAUCUUCUUCUUGAUUGUGCUCGAUCGCAUUAUCUACCUCUGCUCAUUUGCCACAGGAAAAGUCAUCUUUUAUCUUUUCAACCUUAUCAUCUUUACCUAUUCUGUAACGGAGUAUGCUUGGAAUAUGCAACCUUCACAUCGACAAGCCGGUGGAUUAGCGCUCCGUGCUAUAUAUUUGACAAAAUCAGUUUCUCUGGCACUGCAAGCCAUACAGAUCAAAUACGGGGUUCCUCAUAAAAGCACUCUCUAUCGGCAGUUCUUGACCAGUGAAGUUUCAAGAGUUAAUUAUUUAGGGUACCGUCUGUAUCGCGCUCUUCCAUUCCUUUAUGAAUUGCGAUGUGUACUUGAUUGGUCAUGCACAACCACAAGUUUGACUAUGUAUGACUGGCUGAAGUUGGAAGACAUAAAUGCAAGUUUGUACCUUGUGAAAUGUGACGCAAUCUUGAACAGAGCCAGACACAAACAAGGAGAGAAGCAGUCGAAAAUGACUAAAUUCUGCAGUGGAAUAUGUUUGUUCUUCGUAUUGAUCUGCAUCAUCUGGGCUCCUAUGCUGAUGUACAGCAGUGGUAACCCUACUAACAUUGCUAACCCCAUCAAGGAUGCCAGUGUUCAGCUUGAUAUUAAGACAGCAGGUGGAAGGUUGACCUUGUUCCAGACAACAUUAUGUGAAAAAAUUUCAUGGGACACGCUCAACAAAGUUGCUAACCUUGAUCCGCAUGGUUAUCUGGCACUAUAUGACAAGAGCGAUAUCCAAUUAAUAUGUUGCCAACCCGAUGCUAGUACUUCGUGGCUUGUCCCUGAUGUGGUACUUAACAGAUUUAUCCUCUCUAUUGAUAAUAUGGACACGAGAAUGGAUAUCAUUUUCACUUGGGCACUAUCAAGAGACAGACCAAAAGGCAAGGAACUCGUGAAAUAUGAAAAUACUGUUGAUCCUUUAUUUCUUCCAGACCCCUCUGAAGUUGUACAAGUUCUCAACGGCUCUUCCAACAGCUUCAGGAUAAAUAAUUCUUAUGCAAGAUACUUUCGGGUUACUGGUUCUGGUGAUGUCAGACCUUUUGAAACAGAGGAAACUGUGGUUGCAGAUCUCAUUAUACAUCGUGGAAGUCCCGAGUGGUGGUCCUUCCAUGAUAUCAGUUCACUGGAUGUAAAUGGAUGUGGAGGCUUGGCAGGGCCAAUGGCCGUCAUUGUAUCCGAGGAAACGCCUCAGGGUCUUCUCGGGGACACUCUAAGCAAAUUCAGCAUCUGGGGCCUCUACAUUACUUUUGUACUUGCAGUAGGUCGGUUUAUCAGACUUCAGUGCUCUGACCUAAGGAUGAGAAUCCCAUAUGAGAACCUUCCUUCUUGUGACAGGUUAAUUGCCAUUUGCGAGGAUAUAUAUGCUGCAAGAGCAGAGGGUGAGCUCGGAAUUGAGGAGGUCCUCUACUGGACACUCAUAAAAAUCUACAGGUCACCACACAUGUUGCUUGAGUAUACCAAAAUCGACUAGAUUCUGCAAACUCAAAAUCGGCCUCACUUGUUAGGAUCGAUAACUAACAGCAGCAUCCAGUUAGUGUGAAUAGAAUACGAGCUGAUACUGACUGAUACUGUGUCGACUUUGCUCCAAAAAUGGUCUUUGAAAGUGUCAACAAAUUGUCAGCACGAUUCGUUUCUAACCUUUUAGUUUGUUUGGUAAGUGAGGAUGUUGAGGAUAAAGAUGUAUCUUAUUUGUUCUGGAUUGCGUCGACUGUUACACUCUUGAAUGUAUGUAUAAUUUUCAGCUGGCACGGGCCGAAUUGGGAUACCUGGAUUCAUAUAGAGAUAAAUGAUUAUAGUUCAAUGAAGCAGUUUUCCAGUUCUGAGAA